AUGAUGGUUUUACAUAACAGAACCAAGAUACGAUCCAAUAGACUCAUAGUAUGGAUCAACCUAUUAUUAGGAUCAUUAAUCAUCUCCUUAAUUGCAUUUUCAUAUAUUAGAAAGCCAACUGACGUUGAUUCAUCCGGAUGUCGUGUGGUAUAUAUGUAUCCUUCCUAUGCUAGAAUCUUAGCCUUUGAUGAAUCUCAUACUAAAUUUGCAUCAAAAUAUUCAUUAUAUUUAUAUCGUGAACAGGGGAAAGAUCCUGUGCCUGAUCCUGACCAUGGGUAUCAGAAAUUAGAUGGUAUACCUGUUUUAUUCAUCCCUGGUAAUGCGGGAAGUUAUAGACAAGUUCGAUCAAUUGCAUCUGAAAGUGCUAAUUUAUAUUUUGAUGAUUAUGUUCAUCGAAAUUCACCAACAUAUCGAAAUUUAGAUUUCUUUACUGCUGAUUUUAAUGAAGAUUUUACUGCUUUCCAUGGUAGAACUAUCUUAGAUCAAGCUGAAUAUUUGAAUGAAGCUGUUAAAUUCAUUCUUGAAUUAUAUUCUAAUAAUGUUGAUCCUCCUUCAUCAGUAAUAAUAGUGGGUCAUUCAAUGGGUGGUAUAGUAUCAAGAGUUAUGUUGACAUUACCAAAUUAUAUUGAAGGUUCUAUAAAUACCAUUGUAACAUUAGCUUCUCCUCACGCUGCAGCCCCAUUAACUUUUGAUGGUGAUCUUUUAAAGAUAUAUUCUGCUAUUGAUAGAUUUUGGUAUGAUGGAUUUCAUAAUGUUGAUGAAAAUGAAGAAAAGGCUCAUCAUGCGGAUAUAGCUAAGGCCAGAUUAAAAGAGCUUUCAUUAAUAUCGAUUACAGGAGGUAAUUUAGAUUCUACACUUCCAGCAGAUUAUACCACAUUAGGAUUCUUAGUUCCACCUUCAAAUGGGUUUACUGUUUAUACAACUGGUAUACCAAAUGUUUGGACUCCGAUUGAUCAUUUAGCUAUUGUAUGGUGUGCUCAAUUAAGACGACAAUUAGCUACUAUCUUAUUAGAAAUUGUUGAUUAUGAACGUCCAACCAAAACCAAAACUCUUGAUUCUAGAAUGGAUAUAUUCAAACAAUAUUUAUUAACAGGUUUAGAAUCUGAUAAAGCUAGGAUCGAACAAGAAACUCCAGUAACUAAUGAAAUUAAAGUUAAACUUGAUUCAAGUUCAAUCAUUAGAGAGAGGAAAAUUCGAAUUAAUAAAGAUUUACCACCAAAGGGGAAAUUCUAUGCCUUCCAUUUAAAUAAGAAUAAAGAUGAAGAAGGAAAUGGAAAUGGAAAUGGCGAACAAUUUUCUAUUUUAAGUUCAAUUAAAGCUGCUAAAUCAUGGCAAAAUAUCGAAGAAGAUAAUAAUAAUUGGGGUAUAUUACUUUGUAAUAAUUUAGAUGAUAAUGAAGAUAAUUCAGAUAUUAUUGAUUAUACUACUGAAAAGACUAAAGAAUAUGUGGCGUUAAGAUGUAAGGAUAUUUCCCAAGUCUAUGAUUCAAUAAUCCCACGUUCAAUGAUUGAUACUAAUUCAUUGAUGUAUUCAUCAUUUGGAGGUGAUAAAUCUCCCUUUCAUGGUAUAAAGAUAGAUACUAAUAUCUUAUCUAAGAGUGAUGUUGUUGUUUUAGUAAGUUCUAUCAACCCUGAUAAAAAUGAUGAUUUUUUAAUUGCGGAAUUAUCCGAUUUAAAUUCAAGUAAAUUCGAAUUAGGUAAGAGUUUAUUUACAUUGAUGAGAAGAGGUGGAGCUGAUAUUUCAUUACCUUCAACUAGACCAUUAUUAAGUACCAUAAAAGUCCCAAGUGCAUGGAGUAGUUUAUUAGAAUAUAAAUUAUUCAUUAAUAAUAAGAAUAAAUCAGGAGAAUUUUCAACUUUUAUAAGACAAUGGAUUGAAUCACCAUAUGAAAGUAAAUGGCAUAUUAAUAUUGAUGGUAGAAAGAAUGAUUAUAUAUUAAUUAAUUUACAUGGAGUAGCUCCUUAUGUUCCAUUUGAAAUUAAAGAUGAUCAUGGUAUAAAUCUUGAAAUGUGGAGUGUUCCAACUGUGAAUAAUGAUGAUGAUCAUCCUCCAUUGGAUCUUGAAUUGAAAAUUGAUUUCAUUAGAAGUUUAAGAUUAUUAAUACUAAGGUAUAGAUUAACUAUUGUUUCAAUUUGUGUUCUGAUUACUUUAUCUGUUUUCCUUGUUCAAUUAAAAGUAUUUUUUGAAACAAAUAAAUUCCCAACUUUCAUUGCUGCAUUUAGUUAUAUUAAUAGUGGAACUAGAUUAGGAUUAAUUCUCGUGGGAUUAGUGAUAUUGAAUCCUAUAGUGAAGAUAUCAUGGGUUAAAACGUUAUUGAAUAUGUUUGAUCCUGUUGUAUUACAAGAUUCAAAUGAAAUUAAUGUUUCCCUUGAUUCUAAUUUUAAAUUUAAUUCAUAUUAUUUAGGAUUAGAAGAGAAUGCUUUAUGUUUCCUAAGUGUGAUAUUUUACUUUAUGGGCAAUGCAUUGGUGUUAUUAACUUAUACAGUUAUAUUUCAAAUCAGUAGAUUAUUGAAAACGAUAUCAAAAUUGAUUUUCUCAUCGUCAUCGGUAUCUUCACCAUCACCAACUAGACCAUCAUCUGCUUCAUCAUCAUCACUGAAAUCAACAGAGAAAUUAGCAUCAUCAUCUUCAAAAAAUUACAAGGGAUAUCGUCGUUUAAUCAUCAGUUUAAUCUUAUUAUUACUAAUUCCAAUCUAUAUUCCAUAUCAAAUAGUCUAUAUCAUUGGAUGUUUAGUUCAAUUAAUCAAUUAUUUCAAAAGUUCAAUCAAAACUGCUUCAAACGAUUUACAAAAUUAUCAUUUAACAUUAUUAAUCUUAAUGUUAUGGAUCUUACCUGUUAAUAUUCCUAUAGUGAUUGUAUUUGUUCAUAAUCUUGCUAUUAAUUGGAAAACACCCUUUUCAUCUCAUCAUAAUUUAUUAUCAAUAGCUCCUAUUAUAUUACUUAUGGAACGAAAUUCAACCUUAAAGAAAUUACCAAUCAUAAAUGGUGCAUGGUUUAAAAAUUGUGGUUUAGGGUUGAUUGUUUAUUUCGUGGGGUAUUGUUUGAUAUAUGGAAGUUGUCAUACAUAUUGGAUUCAUCAUUUGCUUAAUAUAUUAAGUUGUUGGUUAUUCCUAUUUGUACUAAGUGGCGAUAAAGAGGAAGAAGCAGAACAAGAAGAUGGCGGAGACAUGGAUGGAGUGACAUCGGGAUCAACUUCAUCAUCACCAUCUUCUCCAGAAUAG